GAGUGAAGUGUAUCCUUUUGAGAAAUCCCGGAACUAGUGCAGCGCUUAGUCCCGGUACCAGCCGCCAGUAAGGCUCUCGCUGCAGAGGGGGGUUCCCGUGCAGCUUCAGGGACCGAGUAGUGCUUUUCCUUCGCCGGAGCAUCCUUCCCUCGCCCCGCCGAAGCCCGGAGAGGUCUCCAGUUUUGACGACGAUGGCUCUCACCCGCCGCAAUGUUGCUCAUCGAAACUUGGAAAAUAUUGAACCAGUCAAGCCAACAGCAAAGGUGACUGCAGCUGUCCGAAGGCCAGCUUUGGGAGACUUGGCAAAUCGUGUUAUGACUCGUGCAGAGCAGAAAAAACAAAUGACUAAUAUGGUUUCUAAACCAGUGGUAUCCAAGCCAAAGGGAAAAGCUUUGCCAAAACCAGUGGCUCAAGAAGUGAAGCCAGUGACUCGUGGGUUAAAGCAAGCAGUUCAGAAUAUAAAGCCAGUGGUUGAGGAGCCUGUUCCACGGGCCCCUGUGUCUCCAACUCCAAUGGAUGUCUCAAUGACAGAAGAUUCUUCUAUGAAAGAGGAAGACCUUUGUCAAGCUUUCUCUGAAGCCAUAUUGAAGGUGGAAGAUAUUGAUGCACAAGAUAGUGAUAAUCCUCAAAUGUGUAGCCAGUAUAUAAAAGACAUCUACAAAUAUCUGCGGCAGCUAGAGAUGGAGCAAGCAAUCAGACCACAUUACCUUGAGGGGCAAGAGAUAAAUGAACGUAUGCGUGCAAUUCUGGUUGACUGGCUAAUUCAAGUUCACUCCAAAUUCCGCCUGCUGCAAGAAACUCUCUACAUGACAUUAGCUAUCAUGGAUCGUUUCCUGCAGAGCCAGCCAGUUUCCCGCAAAAAGCUCCAGUUGGUUGCUGUGACUGCCAUGCUGCUAGCUUCGAAAUAUGAAGAAAUGUAUCCACCAGCUAUCGGAGACUUUGUUUACAUCACAGACAAUGCUUAUACUAAGAGUCAGAUCCGUCAAAUGGAAAUACUUAUUCUUAAAGAACUUGACUUCAAAUUGGGCCGCCCACUACCACUGCAUUUUCUGAGGCGAGCUUCAAAGACCGAUGUUGAUGCUGAGAAGUACACUCUUGCAAAAUACCUAAUGGAAUUAACAGUCGUAGACUAUAAUAUGGUGCACAUACCUCCUUCUGAAAUUGCAGCAGCUGCACUUUGCCUGUCUUUUCAAGUCUUGGACCAAAGUAAAUGGACAGCAGUUCAAAAAUACUACACUGGCUACACCGAAGAUGCCUUGCACCUGACUAUGAAGCACAUGGCAAAGAAUGUAGUGAAAAUGAAUGAAGGCCUGACAAAGCAUGUUGCUAUAAAGAAUAAGUAUGCAAGUCCUAAACUAUUGAAAAUAAGCACCAUUCCUCAACUGAAGUCUGCAUUAAUCAAAGGAUUGGCCUCUUCAUUGCUGUAACCUUCCAAAAAGUAAUGUGAACAUAAUUGCACUUUGCAGUUUUUUUUAAAAAUGGAAGAAUUGCUGCUAUUACACUUAGCCCAGCCUUUGGACAGUUUGUCAAUUAACUAUAUGGCAUUGCACCAAUGGGCAAACAUCCAUACUUAAAACCUUGGACUUUUUUAAAAUCACCAGGUGAGGAUGCAGUAACUGAGUUUCACUCCAGCAUGCUUCUGAUCCCAACUUGUGUUUCGAGGGAGUAAAGUCCUAGCUGAUCUCUCCUCCUGAAGCUGACGGUUUUGUGGUACUUCCACAGACCGGUUGCAAACCUUGUCUUUUUAGAUUUUCAUGUAUAUUAACUUUUUUUUUGCUGUCUAAUCUUAAUUAUGCCAUUUUGUCACUGCAAAUGGCUUCUGUAGGUUUUUUCUCAUUAAAAAUCCACUGAUCAUCUUGA